AUGUCGUCUUCCAACGCUUCGUUCCCGGGUUCGGAAACCUUGCUCGAUUUUGCGCAACCGUUCGACGUGACCGUUUUGGAUGCCGUCGUCAACGCUUUUUAUUCCCCGGGGGGGAAUCCGCAAUUACGAGCGGAAGCCGAGCAAAUCAUGAAGCAGAUGCAAGAGCACGAACACUCGUGGACGAGAGUGGAUGGGAUAUUAGAGCACUCGAAGAGCGCGAACACGAAGUUUUUCGCAUUGCAAAUCUUAGACUCGGUGAUCAAGUUUCGGUGGGGAUCGUUGCCGUUGGAACAGAGAGAAGGGAUUAAGAAUUUUAUAUCGAACUUGGUGAUCAGUUUGUCCGGGGACGAACAGUUAUUUCGGAAGGAAAGAGCGUACGUGACGAAGAUUAAUAACGUUUUGGUACAAAUUGUCAAGCACGAUUGGCCGCACAGAUGGCCGAGUUUUAUUCCGGAUUUAGUCGGCGCGGCGAAGAUGAGCGAGUCGUUGUGCGAGAAUUGUUUAAACAUUUUGAAGCUCUUAUCGGAGGAAGUGUUUGAUUUCUCGAGAGGGGAAAUGACGCAGGAUAAGAUUAAGAGUUUGAAGACGAGUUUGAACGCGGAGUUUGCGAUGAUUCACGAGUUGUGCGAGUUUGUGUUGACGAAUUCGCAGAAACCGGAGUUGAUUUCGCAAACGUUGGUGACGUUGCACGCGUUUUUGACGUGGAUUCCACUCGGGUACAUCUUUGAGAGUCCUUUGUUGGAAACAUUGUUGAGGUUGUUUCCGAACCCGACGUAUAGGAACGUGGUGUUGCAAUGUUUGGCAGAGAUUGGGAGUUUGCUCGUGGACGCGCAAUACAACGGGAAGUUCGUGGCGAUGUAUACCGAGCUGAUGAACCAUUUGGCGACGGCGUUGCCGAGGAACACGAACAUUCCGGAAGCCUACGCGAACGGAUCGGACGAUGAACAAGCGUUCGUUCAAAACUUGGCCAUUUUCUUCACGCAGUUUUUCAAAGCGCACGUGAAGUUGUUGGAAACCACGCCCGAGUUGCAAAGCGGCUUGUUGAACGGUUUGGAGUAUUUGUUGAACAUUUCGUACGUGGACGAACCGGAAGUGUUUAAAGUGUGUUUGGAUUACUGGCACGCGUUGGUGUGCGACUUGUUUCAAGCGAGCGAUUCCGGAACUGGCUCGGGUGGACAGGACGGUUUCCCGAAUGCGGUUGAUUUCACGUUUGGCGCGCCCGCCGGCGGCGGAGCUCAACAAAACGGGUCUUCCUCUGGGUCGCAAAGACGCGCGUUAUAUUCCGCGCCGAUGAGUAAAUUGAGAAUGUUGAUGAUUUCGAGAAUGGCGAAACCCGAAGAAGUGUUGAUCGUGGAAGAUGAAAACGGAAACAUCGUGCGCGAGACGUUGAAAGACAACGACGUUUUGGUCCAAUACAAAAUCAUGCGCGAGACGUUGAUUUACUUGGCGCACUUGGACCACAAAGAUACCGAGCAACAAAUGUUGGAAAAGUUGAGCAAUCAAUUGAACGGCCGAGAGUACACGUGGAACACGCUGAACACGUUGUGCUGGGCGAUUGGAAGUAUUUCCGGGUCCAUGCAAGAAGACCAAGAGAAUAGAUUUUUGGUCACGGCGAUUCGAGACUUGUUGAACUUGUGCGAAAUCAUGCGAGGGAAAGAUCACAAGGCGGUCAUCGCGAGUAACAUCAUGUACGUCGUCGGUCAGUAUCCAAGAUUUCUUAGGUUACACUGGAAGUUUUUGAAAACUGUGGUGAAUAAACUGUUCGAGUUUAUGCACGAAACCCACCCCGGAGUGCAAGACAUGGCGUGCGAUACGUUCUUGAAAAUCACCAUCAAGUGCAAGCGCAAAUUUGUCAUCACGCAAGUCGGCGAACACGAGCCGUUCGUGGAGGAGUUGUUGAGAGGUUUAACGAACACCAUUCGCGAUUUGGAGCCGCACCAAGUGCACAUCUUUUACGAAGCCGUCGGACACAUGGUUUCCUCGGAACUGAACUUGGCGAAAAAAGAGGAAUACGUGCAGAGAUUGAUGACGCCGCCGAACGAAACGUGGAACCUCAUCAUGACGCAAGCGAGGCAAUCGAGCGAGAGUUUGAAGUCGCAAGAGGUCAUCAAGAACAUCUUAAAUAUUUUGAAAACAAACACGCACUGUUGCAUUUCGCUCGGGCAGCCGUUCCAAAACCAAAUGAGUUUAAUUUACGGCGAUUUGUUGAACGUGUAUAAACUCUACUCGGAGUUGAUUUCAGCCGCCAUCGCGGAAGGCGGACCAUACGCGUCGAAAUCCUCGUUCGUAAAACUCACUCGCUCUGUAAAAAGAGAGUGUUUGCGAUUGAUCGAAACCUUCGUGGAAGGCUGCGAAGAUCCGCACUUGGUGGCGCAACAGCUGGUCCCGUUAAUGUACGAUCCGAUCCUGGGCGAUUACGCGAGAAACGUCCCGGACGCGCGGGACGCCGAAGUCUUAUCACUGUUCGCCGCCAUCGUGAAGAAAGUAAAAGGUGCGAUGAUUGACGAGAUCCCGAAGAUCUUUGACGCGGUCUUUGAGUGCACGUUAGGGAUGAUUACGGUAAACUUUGAGGAUUAUCCGGACCACCGUUUGAAGUUUUUCUCGUUACUUCGUGAAGUGACCAAUCAUUGCUUCCGCGCCAUCGCGACGUUAUCGCCUGAGCACUUGAAGUUGGUCAUCGACUCCAUCGUUUGGGCGUUCAGACACACAGAAAGAAACGUCGCGGACGAAGGGUUGCACUUACUUCUCGAAAUGAUGAAGUACUUUCAAAUGUCCGAGUUUUGCAACGCGUUUUAUCAAUCCUUUUAUCUCACGUUGUUAUCUGAGAUUUUCGCGGUGUUGACGGAUGGGUUCCACAAACCCGGGUUCAAGUUGCACGCGUUGUUGUUGCAAAACUUGUUCACCGUCGCGGACUCGCCAGAGAGAUUGACGGCCUCGUUAUGCCCGCCGGAAAAACAAGGUCAAUACUCCUCCAACGCGCAUUUUAUCAAAGACCACGUGGCGACGUUAUUAGCCGGCUCGUUCCCGAACAUGUCCGCGGGCGACGUCGAGCGAUUCGCGAGUGGCAUGAUGGAAUAUAAAAGCGAUUUGGUCCAGUUCAAGAACCACUUGCGCGACUUCUUAGUCGCGAGUAAACAGUUCUCGACCGCAGAUUUCGCAGAAGAAGAGAAAGCUAGGUUGGCAGAGGUGGCCAAGGAACGCUUAGCGGCGGUUCCGGGGAUGAUUGCGCCGAAUGAAUUAAACAUGGACGACGACGAAGAUUAA